AUGCAACAACCUCCACCUACAACAUCGUCGGGACCUUCAACCGUUCCACAGUUUGUUGUAAUUCAUGAUCAAUUGCAACAGUGUUGGAAACAUCCAGCGGUUCAUUAUGUGUUUGAGGAUGAACCCUUUCCCUCAGAUGUACCUAAAGAUUCAUACGUCUUGGUGAAUCUUGGUGAAGAUGGUGAAAGUAUUGCUGCUGUUCAUUCUUUAAGUCAUAAAUUUCAAGUAACCAAUUGUAAAGUUAGUUCUACGCCACAAAUGAAUGCUAACGCAGGAACGGGGGGCGGUAAAGACUCUAAUACAAAUUUAAUGCUAACCAUUGAGGGAAUGUCGGCAAAUCAACCAGCAAAGAAUCGAAGCAAACAAUAUAAAGAAGAAUUCGAUCAAUCAUCUAGUGUAUUUGGAUUAGAUGAUCUAAUGGAACGUUUGUUAUUAUUUGUUGACCCAGAUCACUGUUUCAAUGAUCCUGUAGACUUACUUAUUGCAACUAUAAUUGCAAUUAGUGUCUUCGUUUGUUAUGUACCACAACAUUAUAGAAUUUUUAACACAAAGACUAGUGAAGGAAUUAAUCCAUGGUUUCUUUUAUAUGGAUCUGUUUCAAUAACAUGCAACUUAUUCAAUAUUUUAAUUCUACAAGCUAACAAGAUAUAUGUGUCUGGUAGAUUUUGUUUUCAGAAUACUUUGGGAAUUAUUCAAAUUAUAAUUCAAUGGUUUAUGUUUACAAUAUUUUUAAUAUUGUACAUAGCAUACUUUCCAGAACAUAAGAAAUAUAUAUCUGACAUGAGUGGAUAUAAUAGUUUAAAAUCUUCAAUCAAAUGGCGUGUUUCACGUUAUGUUGCAAUCUUUGUUGCUUCAUUUUUCAUCUUUACGCUUAUUGUUUCAGCUUGUCUUUUAAUAUUCGUUGGAAAAGCUGAAGAACAUUUUAUAACCAAAAUUUGGGCAGAUGCAUUAGGAGUCCUCUCUAUGUUUAUAGCAUCAAUUCAAUAUCUUCCUCAGAUUUGGGAAACUUGGGAAAUCAAGAUUGUCGGAGCUCUUAGUAUUCCCAUGUUGAUAGUUCAAACUCCGGGAACGUUUCUUCUCGUGUAUUUUCUUGCAAUUCGUGAGGGUAAUAGUUGGUCCACUUGGAUUGCUUUCCUUAUCGCAGGAAUCCUACAAGGAAUUCUUCUUGCAUUAUGUCUUGUUUGGUAUUAUAGAGAGAAGCGUGGAAUUUCUUCAAGAUCUGUUAGUGAAAUUGAAGCUCAAUCUAGUGAAUCUAAAGUAUUUAUUGCGGUCUUUAUUGCGUGUGGACUGUUAAUUAGUUAUUUACCACAGCAUUAUAGAAUUAUUAGUCUCAAGUCUAGUGAAGGAAUUAGUCCAUGGUUUCUUUUAUUGGGAGCCGUUUCAAUGACAUGCAGUUUUUUCAAUAUUUUAAUUUUACAAAUCCCUCAACUUGAAUGUUGUAAAUAUGUGUCUGGUAGAGCUUGUUUUGAAAAUACUUUGGGAGUUACCCAACUCACAAUCCAAUGGUUUAUGUUUACAAUGAUUUUAAUAUUGUUCAUGGCAUAUUUUCCACAAUACAGAAAAUAUAUACCAAUUGGUUUAGAUGAUGUUGCAAUUUCAAAGGAUUGGAGUGUAUCACUUUAUGUUACAGCCUUUGUUACUUUACAUUUCAUCUUUACGCUUGUUGUUUCUGUUUAUCUUUUAAUAUUUGUCGGUAAAGCCGAUGAACAUGAUUUGACCAAAUAUUGGGCAGAUGCAUUAGGAAUCAUUUCUUUGAUUUUAGCCUCAGUUCAAUAUUUACCUCAAAUUUGGAGAACUUGGCAAAGAAAGAUUGUUGGAGCCCUUAGUAUUCCAAUGAUGUUGGUUCAAACUCCAGGAUCAUUCCUUUUCGUAUAUUCACUUGCUACUCGUGAGGGUACCAGAUGGACAACAUGGAUCGUUUUCCUUAUUACAGGAUGCCUUCAAGGAACUCUUCUUAUAAUGUGCAUUUGUUGGUAUUAUAGAGAACAACGAGAAAAAUGUAUUGAAGAACCCAUUGUUGAUGUUCCUAAUGAACGUACAGCAUUGCUUAAUACUCCUAAUGACCCAUCAAGCAUCAUAGUGGAUGAUGAAUAG